AUGGAAGAUAUAGUCUUUGGCAAAGUUGCAGCUAUGGUAUAUGUUGUGGAGUUUCAAAAGAGGGGCCUGCCCCAUGCUCACUUCCUGAUUAUCUUAGAAGAUGCAUACAAUUUAAAGGGACCUUCUGAUUAUGACAAAUUCGUUACUGCAGAAAUCCCUUCACUUGAAUGUCCUCAGUUACGCAAAAUUGUUCUUGGCCAUAUGAUGCAUGGUCCAUGCGGCAUUUUAAAUCCUAAAUGUACAUGCAUGAUAAAAGAACAUGGCAGUGAAGUUAUCUGUAAGUACAGCUACCCUAAGCCAUAUUUAGAAGAGACCACGACAAAUGAAGAUGGUUUUCCAAUUCUGCUCCACCAUUCAAGCGGUCAAAUACCUGUACAAGUAUGUGUACAAGGUCAUGACCGUGUCUCUUUCAAUGUUGUUGGCCAACAAAAUCAAGGUGUUUAUGAGAUUAAUGAUUUCCAGUCUGGUAGAUGGGUUUCACCAUGUGAGGCAGCUUGGAGAAUUUUUGGGUUUGACCUCUUUGAGAUGACUCCUUCUGUGCAGCUUCUUCCAGUCCACUUGCCAAAUAUGCAAACUAUUUAUAUGAGGUCUCAUGAGCAACUAAAUGUUGUUGUACAAGAUGAAAAGAGAAGCACUACUGCCUUGACAGAAUUCUUAAGACUAAAUGCAACCAUCCCUGGAGGCACAAGAUAUCGGUAUACAUAA